GUUAGAAGACUGAGGAGAUUUUAGAAGGCAAAAUGGCUGCCACGAGACUGCGAAAUUUUGAAGGACUACUAAAAUUCAAGAUUAGAAGUCGCGAACGGCGUAAACAUUUGUACAAAAACCUUAUCACUGCUCUUGUACAACACGAGAGGAUAGAAACCACGCUAACCCGAUGUCAGGACUUAGCGCGAGUCACUGAAAGGAUGAUUGAUCUAGCCAAGCAAGGAGAUGAAGAAACAGUUAACAGCUGGUUGAUGAAUAAAGACCUAGUUCCUAAAGUAUUUGCUGAGCUUCUACCUCGAUAUGAAGGAAUCACAAAAGGCUACACCCAAGUGUAUAGAAUUCCACCAAGGAAAACUGAUUCAGCACAAAUGGGGAUUGUAGAACUUGUAGGUAAUGACCUGCCUCAGUUGUUACCCAGUGACGAGGAACUGAGGCAGUUGAAGAUUAAGAAGUUGAAGGAGAUGCAAGAAAAGCAGAUCCCCCCUGAAGGAACCCCUGUCUAACAAUCAUUAUCUAAGUAACACAGUGGAUUUAGUUGACCUGUGUUAUUGUAGCUGGAAUGCUGCUGAAUUGCAAGUCUCCUCCACUUUAGAUUACCUUUUGUAAAUAAACUAAGUGUAAAUUUAAUCAAUUGUUGGAUUAAUUUACCCCAAUGUAAAAUACUGUUUUUUGGGGACAAUAGCAUUCCCUGAUUUUAUUGCCAACUUCUCGAGUCCAAUCUUGUCAUCACUUUCAUGGACUUUUGGUCAGUGUAUCAAUAUCUACGGUAAUUAAAAAGUAGACAGGGUUGGGUUAAGGUUAUGUUGUAUAAUACCAAACAUAGAAUGUCACUUGUCUGAUUUCUUUAUACUUUCAUUGUUUUUGUUCUGUGUAUAGAGUGGUUUUCAAAAACCAGUGAAAUACUAUUUAGUUUAUUUAGUACUAAUACACUGUAAUGUCUUUGUUCUCUUUUGUUAUUGCUUGACUAUUACACUAUAAAAAUUACAUUUUGUUGCACAGGAUUUUGAAAACCACUCCAUGUUCUCAUCAAAAUACCAUCUAUUUGCAUCACCUUUUUACACUCAUGUUCUCCAGAUGUGGUUGCAUAUCAACACAUGAGAUGCCGUACUGAUUCAAAAAAAGUGCUUGACCUCAAAUUUUGGAAUAAGCAUUCCCCCUCCCAUCCUACUAGAAAAGUCUCAAUCUUUUCAUUAUAUUUAGCUCUUUUCAGUUUAUCUAAAAUUAAGUAUUCAGGGCUGAUUAAAACAUUGCGAGCAACAGAUAAGAAAACAACUUUAUCACAUAAACAACUUACUGGGUUUUAUAUUUUAUUUUUGUAAAAAGAUACAAUAGUACAUACUAUUUGUAUCAAGAUAAAAAGCCUUAAGAAAGCCCUGUCAGAUAAAAUUUCUAUGUCACAGAAUAAAGUCCUUGUUUUAGCAGUAAUCGAUCUGCCCAUGUCUAACUUGUUAAAAUAAUAUUUGAGCAUAUAAAAUUAUAAUAAUCUUGUGUAUAGUUGAAUAAAACUAUCACUAUGUA